CAGCCCUGGAAAGGGCUCAGCAAGCCGUCAUAGCAGAGGUGCUAGUCCUCCCUGAACACGUCAGACAUUGAAAAGGCAUCUGGAGCCAUCACCAGUCGACUUGACUUUUGUCCUGCUACUGGACUUCAUGACUUUGGAAGAGACACCUGUGCCCGGUCCACACCAUGGGAAGAAAAAAGAUCCAGAUCUCCAGAAUUCUAGAUCAGCGGAACCGUCAGGUGACCUUCACCAAGAGGAAGUUUGGGCUGAUGAAGAAGGCCUAUGAGCUGAGUGUCCUCUGCGACUGUGAGAUUGCCCUCAUCAUCUUCAACAGUGCCAACCGCCUGUUUCAGUACGCCAGCACCGACAUGGACCGAGUUCUGCUCAAGUACACUGAGUACAGUGAACCCCACGAAAGCCGCACCAACACGGACAUCCUCGAGACGCUGAAGCGGAAGGGCCUUGGCCUAGAGAGUCAGGAGUUGGAGCUGGAUGAGGGGCUGGUGGAGCCAGGGGAGAAGCUGCGGCGUCUUGGGGGUGAUGGGGCUGAUAUAGCCCUGGUUCGACCCAGGUUUUAUUCAGCAACUCCUGCUUUGCCUAGCCCUGACCUGGCAUAUGGGGCAGUGCCUCCCCCAGGGUCUGGGUCUGAACCCUGCGGACUAGGUGAGGCCUCCCCUGGCCAGGGCCGUCCAUCCCCCUUCCGUCCUGCUGCAUCCAAGGCUGGUCCCCCAUCAGGCCGUUCCCCAGGGCCGCUGCCCCCAGCAGGUCUAGGGCCCCCACUCUUCUCCCCAGGCAACCUUCCUCGGGCUCUGGCCAACAAGACCCCUCCCCCUCUAUAUGCAGCAGCUGAUGGACGGAGGCCAGACCUGCCUAGUAACCUGACAGGGCCCAGGGCGGGCCUGAGUGCCACAAGAACUCUCUAUGGAAGCCUCCAGAGCCCCAGCCCCAUCUCAGCCCCUGGCAGUGGUGGUCUCUCUAGUCAUGGACUGGGGGCUUUUCCCUUCCUUUCCUCUAGCCAGGCAGAGUAUGGUCAUGGAGACCCCUCCUCUCACCCGGGCCUCCUCCAGCCCAUGGCCCUGGUCCCCUGGCAGCCCCCAAAGGGGGACAGAUCCCCCAGCUCCCAGUCACACCUUAGUGUCCGCCCCGGCUCCGCCUCGGGUCCCGGGGAGGAGGCUCCAGCGGCCCCGGGAGGCUCUCCGCCGGCCCCAGCGCUCAGUAUCAAGUCGGAGCGCGUGUCCCCGGGGGCUGCGCCCCCAUCGGAGCGCCCAGCAUCCCGGGACGACUUCACCAAGAGUUACCAAUACCCCACAGUAGGGCUGGCCCGGCCCUGCCAGCCGCUCCGGCGGCUCCACGUGGCGGACGGCUGGCCCAGAUAGGGAAUGGGCCGGCCCCUCCGCCCUAGGGCGACCCCCUGGCCACUUCUCCACCCUCGGGACUCCUGGCUCUCUGGGCGUCGGUCUCUCCCCGAAGGGGAGAGGAGAAAACUUGUUUCAGGGACCCCCACCCUCCAGCCCACGUGGAAGGGCUUAGCUGCUGCCUUGGCCCGUUCCAGCACAGUCCUAGGCAAAGAGAAGGCAGAGGGGAAGAAUGGAAAGGGCAGGCGGUGAAGGUCGGUUGGGCGACCACUUUGGCGUGUCACUGAUCCUCCCAGUCAACGUUUAGGGCUGAAUGGAAACAGGGGAUCCAGAACUGGAGCUUCCCCUUGGUGGCGUUCCUGUUUCCCCCCCUAAUUCAAGGGCUUCCAGGUGUAGCCCCUAAUUGUCCCCUCCAUCCUCACUUUGGGCUGGGCCUCUGUUGGUCUCCCACUUGCCCUGCCCCAUCCGCUGUUCCUUCCUGGGGCUGACAAAGUUCCCCUCUUGUAACCAAUAAAAAAAAAAUGCUUGGGAA